UAUUCCCUCUAUCUUUAUCGGACUCGCCUUAAUCUUUACAAAUGCACUUCUUCUCGCAAGCCUUCGAUUAUGAACACCCAUGGUCCCAUGUGGUCAUUGGAAUGUGGCACAAAUACCCCAAUUCCAAAUGCACGCAUGUUGUUAGUGUCGACGUUUUAGAUCGCUCAGUGGAUCCGAAGACUGGAAUCAUACGCACGGAGCGCGUUCUUGGAUGCAAGCAAAAGGCGCCUUUGUGGAUCGUGAAGCUGUUUGGCGGGUCAGAAGAUGCAUUUGUACGGGAAAUAUCCUUCGUCGACCCAGCAUCUCAAAACGCUACCAUAACCUCUGUCAACUUGUCCCUCUCCCAGUUCGCCACAUGCUUUGAACAAAUACAGUAUUCUCCCAUAUCUCCACAUCGAACCUCUUUUUCACAAACUGCGGAGAUACAAGCGAGGAUGGCGCUAUGGCGGUCUGCGGCUGAUGGUCUAGAAAAAUGGCUAGUGCAGCGGUUUGAGCAAAAUGCACAGCUGGGAAAGCUUGGGUUCACGGACGUUCUACGAACGCUAUGGGAGGAACGGCAUAGGGUGCCUGCCUCCUAAUAGAGAUGGGUUAGAGGCUUCACCAAGCCGUGUAUCGUUUUAUUUCGGACGUUGAGGAGCAUUAGAUACAAAAAACAAUUAUGCGUAUGUAGUCUACUAGUCACACUAGACGUUGAGCAGAACUGGUAAUGCUGUUGAUGCAUG